AUGUUUCCGUCCGUGGAGUAGAAGAAGUUACAACCGUCGUUUUCCUUUUCCGUUUCCAAAUUUAAAGUAAAUGGCGCAAAAUUCAGCAGUUGCAGAAAUGGAAACAGAAAUAGACUAUAGAGUGAAGUUGAAGUCGAAAAAAAUAGCUAUCGAGCAAUUGGGAAAAUAUCGAGAACUUCUUAAGAAACUAUUAGAUGGCCAGUCUACGAUUGCUGAAGAAGUCAAGCAACAAAUACUGCAGGAUUUACUGUGGGACUUUGACAGAGGUGUACAAGAAAACAUUUUGAUCAACGGGGAGUCUUGGGAAGAUGCACCCAAUGACGGUGAUAAUGGCACGGUAGGACUGCAAGGCAAAGAUUGUUCUGUGAGGAGGCAGGUACUUGAAGUUAGUUUGACAGAAGCAGAUUGUAAGACUUUAGAUGAUUUGUUGGAUGAGAACAUUUUAGAAACUACCUUGAAACGCAGCAGCUACCCCAAAAAAAUCCUCCCCUACGUGGUCCGGUCUCUGAAAGCAGAGCGAGAGCUAAUGAGUUCGUAUAAGCAAGCUGUGAAACCACAAGAGAUGAACAAGGAUCCAGUUCAAGAGACCAUAAUGAGCAGUCUGUCGGAGGCUGCCCCUAAGAUUACCAGACAGGCCAGUGUGGUGAUGAAGUCUCUCCAGGGCCUGCAGCAGAAGGCUGCCGGAGUCUGCCAGGUGCUGGGCAUGCGGCCCUCCGGGGAGGCGCAGGAGGUGCACAGGGAGGUCUUCGGCCCGCCGGGGGUAGAGGAGGCGCCGCUGCUCCCCGGGAGCGAGGCGAGGAGCGGCCAGCCGCUGAAGAGGGCCGUGCGGGAGAUGGAGCUGAGCGGUGCCUACGCCCUCCCUGCCAAAAAAGCCGCCGCUGCAGCCAGCCUCCAGGAGCCCUGAGUGCCCGCCUGAACGGACUGAACCCUGCGGGCUAGAGCACGGCUGUCAAACUCUGCAGUGUCUGCUGCGUUUCGGGUUGUUCUCAGCACCAGCGGUCCAUUCGAGUCCUCUAUUGGCCAAAGAAUCCACACCUUGUUCUCCGGGCCUUAAUUGUCAGCCGAUUGAAAGGAAACCACAAAAACCUGCAGACACUGCGACCCCUGGGAUUUCACUGUGACUCCGCUGUCAAGGGCACUGACAUCCCUUGUUUCCACUUAGAAGGUGCAGCGGUCGUUGAACCAGGAAGCUUAAAAUUAAAAGUGUCACACUGUUCAGCAGUACAAUUCUAGGGACUUCUAGUAAAUAUUGUCAUAAAUGAUUGCCUGUGUUCUGUGUCCUUGGAUGCAUUUGGUUCUUCUAUCUUUAGUCGACAGCAGUGACUUCAUGUCAGAUAGGCACCAUUUCCCCUGCUUGUUCUCAAGGUGGAAGAUAGACGCUGCAUAAAUGUCUUUUAUCAAGUACUUUAGUCUUGUAACGGCACUUAAUGUCUUAUUGUCUCUCAAGUAAGAAAUAUUAGCCUGUUUAAAGCUACUGUUUUCUAACCCCGUUUAGCAAAAGCAUAAGAUUUUGGUUUUUGCAGUGGUGUGUUCACUUAGCUAGUUUUUCCAUACUUUUUGGAUAUGAAUAACUAUUCAUGUGAAAUGUAUUUUCUAUGUGAAACCGUACCUUUGUCAUUUUCCCUGCUUGGAAUUCGAGCUGUUUUUUUAUUGUCUUGCUAAUUCCUGUUUCC